UCAGUGCUAUUGCCCGCAAGGGACUGGAAGAGAACAUCAUCAUCGAAGUCGGAGCAGACCAUGUUAGAUACCACGUAGCCAAGUCACUCCUCAUCCACCACUCAGAGUACUUCAAGAGCGCACUGAAUGGAAGUUGGAAAGAAUCGUCCGACAACAGUGGAGCUCGAGGACAUCGUACCCGCUGUUUUCAAUCUGUUCAUUGACUGGCUCUACUCUCAGAAAAUCUCCAUCCCCGACGAGGUCAACAUAAACGUGGGCGAGAAAGCAAUAGACUGUAUCCAAGGAAACGAGUACCACAUGUUGGCUAUAAUGCUUUACGCUUUGGCCAAUAGGUUUCUCGUGCGCGACCUGACGCGUUCCAUGAACCGACUACUGGUAGCCGACUACGCGGUGAAGGCCACGAGACCCUCCUUGGACAUCAUAAUCUUCGCCUUCGGCAAUCUCCGGUCUAGUGACACAAUUCUGGACCUCCUCGUCGACUUCCAUUGCUGCGCUUGGCAUCCAUGGCUACGCGACUAUGAAGAGGAAGCAAAGCUUGAGAAGGAGCUGCCACACGACUUCUUACUUCGAGUCAUGCACGCGCAUGCGUGCUCGAACGAGGCUGCUCGUCUGCAGACACCUGGAGACCUUGUCCCUUGCGAUUAUCACGAACAUGAUACCUUAGCCGAGUGGAAGGCGUGCGAAUACAAACGCCCAAAGGGAGUCAUGUAAUCGUGGGACCUCGGGACACCUGCGCCAGCAUUUCGAGCUUGCCCGCAUGAUUUAUGCAGAUGCUUCGAGCAGAAAAUGGGCAUAUUGGAUGGUCGGGGCGACUGCUUCCAUUCUCUGUCCGUCCUGAGUAGCUCCGAGCAAAGUCACGAUAAGAAGUAG